CUACGUCACGCCGAUAAUUUGGCUGCUAGCAUUGACUGCACGUGGGCGGUUAUUAUGGCGCUGCAAUAUUAGUCGUUGACCUGAUGUAACUGCAUGUUUGAUGUUUGUUUGAUGCUGUUAGCUUGUCUCAUAACAUUUGCUUUCUCUUAUUUGCAGGUAACUAUGACCCUGCACCUGCCGGGCAGAUUGGCGAGGCUGUGCAGUUGUGUCGUCUAGGAAGGUGUGCAGUGCAGGUGUGUCGCUCAAGGAUGGAGGUGGUGGUUUGUGCGUCGUGGUAGGUGUGUGUAAGGAAGGGCAGAGGGUAGGUGUGUGUUUGGGGAGCAGGAGUGGUGAGAGGCGCAAGCUUGUGGAAAAGAGCGCGUGCCCUGGCGACAGACACAGGCUAAGUCGUCGUAAUGGGUGUGUAGUGCGUGUGUUGCGGGGACAGUCACCCUGACGAUGCACCGGCACGAAGACUGAGGAAGGAGAUCACCAGUACAUCUUGAGGCCGCCCGGCGGCAAUUACCCGCCACCAUGCCUAAAGAGUUUCAGCACCCGUUCUACAAGAUGCCGUGGCUCCUGGAGGAGGAAUACGGCUCCCUCGAGGACUUAGACUGCCUCGAGGGCCAUUUGUACAUGCCCAGGACACCAGGAGACAGUGUCCUCCCUCUAUGGGCGGACGACGACGACGAUGAUGACCCUCAACAGAGUGCGCAACGGCGGCCUUACCAUGACGGCGGCACGAGUGACGAAAGCGUGGAGGCCGUGGCGCCUUUGAUUGACCCUCGGCGUGCCGUUCUGCUGCCGGGCUACACGGGUGACCACUUCCCCGUGUGGCGGCGAACAGAGACACCCAAGUUCAUCAAUGGCGCCUCGAGGCUCUCGAGGGACGCCAUGCCCAAGGUUGGCAUCCCCAAGAUCGAGAUGCAGAGCCCCGGCGACUCUGACGACAGUCGCGCUGAUGAGGGAGGGACGCGAGCCUCGGCUGGUGCCACAAAGGACAUUAAAAGCAGUGAUUCAUCUAAGUCCCAGCCUCGAGUGUCACUGGGCUCCCUGCGGCGCUCCUCUACCCUCACCAGGAUCAAUGAGUUCCUGCAGAGAGCUCGCUCGGAGGUGUUUGAGGGCGAGGAUGGCUUGACGGCCCGCGAGAAGAUCAGACACCUGCUGCGUAACUCCCACGUGGACGACAUGCAAAGGUCAGUGUUCCUCCUGCCACCUGGCCUGUCCCUUCCUUAAUUAAAGUUUCUACCCUCUGAACUGUUCUCUUGGAUUUCGCGGCCAUAUUACUCUUUAUGGCAUUGUGCAUUUUCCACUAUUUGUUAACGUACUGUUUUUCUUACAUAUAAUCCCAUCAACGUA